AUGAGCGUGUCAUCUUUCAGUGUUAUAUUGACGGAAGAAUUCCUCAAAGAACUUUUCAACACCAAAACAUUCUCGGACUUUACGUUCACAGACCCAGGCGAUUGUGAGCUUAGCUGCAAGGUGCACAAGGUGGUUCUUUCUGCCAAGUCACCAGUCUUCAAGCAUCUCUUCGAAACGCAUGACAAGGAAGCAGACUACCUCGAGUUACUUCGCUCCGAAGACACCAUUUGUAUAGGCAGCAAAGACGAUACACAAAAAACAGCCCUUCGACGUGCCUUAUCUGAAAUUGUUCUCUUCUGCUACUAUGGAGGCUUCAGUUACUGCCAACGUGACUAUACCAAAAAUUUCGAAGUUUCUGUCCUCCCACACCUCUUUGUUCACGACCUCGGCUUCCUUUUCCAGAUUCCUGGGCUGAUUGAACAUGCGGAAGAGCAGUUCAAAAACAAUUUCAAAGAAAUUGUUCAUCACGCCUCCAAGGAGCAAGUCACAAACGCAUUUAUGAAGUGCGUAUCGACCGCGUUCAAGCGUGAUAAUGAUUUUGGAGCACGCACGUUGGAGUUUGUGCGUCGCAGCACAAUGGCAUUGUUUAAUGAACAAAUCAAACACUACAAGAACUGUGGUCAGCUUCCGCUUGCGGUUGAUUUGGCGAGGAAUCUUUCUGAAGCACGCGAUGAUCUCUGCCGUCAGUUCAACCAUGAGCUAGCUGGUUCUGAGAACUCAGAGUAA